AUGUCAUUAGUAUCUCAUAUUACAUGUUUACUGCAGGUGACAAUUCUUAGAAAUGAAAUUGAUUAUGGAAUACAAUUAGAUUAUGAAUUAGAGACAAAACUCGAAUGGUUUAACAAAAUAAGAAGCAAUUUUGCUGAUAAGCUCAAAUCAUUGUGGAGCUUAGCAGAAAUACAUUGUCCAGUAAAUGAUGAAAUUAAAAAAUUUGCAAAUCAUAUUUCUAAUUUAUGGACGAUCAUGAAUCAACAGAUUUGCAAACAAUAUUCUAAAAUUCAAAUCAUAAGUCACACUCUACCAAAUAUCUCAUUGUCUUCUCUUCUUGAUAAAAUUAGAAAAGAAGCCAUUAUGGUAAAGACAAAAUUACAGACUAAUGAACUGAUGUGUAAUUUAAAUGAUGUAAUAAUGGGAUAUAACUUGUUUAAUGAAAUAGUAGAAUUAUUAAAUAAUCUUGAAAGAUAUGAUAGUAAGGUGCAACAAUAUUUAAUAAUGUCAAAAAUGGUCCCGUAUAUUCUUAAAUUAGAAUCAACAAUUGACAAAUUUGUAUCAAGUACUGCAUUAUUACCAAAAAAUCAAUUAGUUUCCUCAGAACUUAAUGUUUUUUUAUUUGUAUCCAAACUAUUGACUGGUGAACUUAUGGGUAAUGAAAUUAUAAACCCAUAUUAUAUAUUAGCAGAAAAUAUAAUAAAAAAGCCAGUUUUUAUAAUAAAAAGUAAUAAACGAAAGAUCGACGUACCAGUUUUAUCCACGGUUAAAUUGUUAAAAAGUACUAUAUAAUCUGUAAUUUUAAAUAUUAUUCGAAAGUUGAGUUAAAAAUUUAAUAAUGAGUUUUUUUUAUAAAAUAAAAAAUAUUAAUUUCGUUAUAUUAAAAUGAAGAAUAACAA